GCAGCAAAUCGAGCGUAAUUGCAAAAUCCAAUAGACUGAUCAGACCUCAUUAACGUCCAAACAUCGUUCCCGAAUCGGAUGGGAAAUUUUUCGCGAGUUUCAGUUUAUAAUUAAAUAAUCAUUCCUCCGUUUUCUGUUCUCUCGUUUGCAGCAUCAUCGGUUGCAGUGUCAGCUUGGACGUUAGUUAUAAUCUCGGUGGAGCGGUACUACGCCAUCUGCCAUCCAUUGCGGUCCCGGCGGUGGCAAACGCUCAGCCAUGCCUAUCGGCUGAUUGCGCUCAUUUGGUGCGGCAGUCUGUUCUUCAUGCUGCCGAUUGCGGUGCUCAGCAAAUUGAUUCCCACCAAUCAAGGUCAUCACAAGUGUCGCGAGCUGUGGUUCAACAGGGGCUACGAGCGGGCUUAUAAUCUCUUUUUGGAUGUGCUGCUGCUGGUGCUUCCGCUGCUCAUCUUGGCCGUGACGUAUUCGCUCAUCACGCGAACCCUCUGCCGGGGGAUGCACGAUUUUCGGCGGUACUCGAAAGCGCUCUCGACUUCAACACGCUCCGCCGAUGGGGGAGUAAUAAAGCCGUCAACGACGGUGGCCUCGGGCCUGGAACGAUCCUUCCGGCGACAUAACAAUAACAACCGAGCAGUAGCCAACGAUCAAUACCUGGAGGUCUACAUCCGUCCAAAUGGAAGCACCAAAACACGCUGCCCUUCGAUCAAGUGCCACCGAACGGCAUCGACGGCGGCGACAUCGAUGGCAGCAACUGCCGCGGUAGCAGUACCCGCAUCGUCAACCGAGACAAUGGAAACAACGGUGCCAACUGGCGGUGGCACCACUCUAUCCGACACGACGCUUCCCGGAAAUGAUGGCGUCGUUAGUUGGAACCAUCACCACAGCCAUCCGGCGGAAUUAUCCCCUUCGUCGCCGUUCCGCUCAUCGACGUCCGUGAAGGGACCGAACCGACUGAAAAACCCAGCCCUAAGGAAGUCCAACAUGGAGAAGAGCCUAACGAACAAAAAGCGCAUAAUUAAAAUGCUGUUCGUGGUGGUGCUGGAGUUUUUCAUCUGCUGGACCCCGCUGUACGUGAUCAACACGAUGGCCCUGUUCUGGCCGAGCACCGUGUACCACAAUCUGGGCUACACGGCCAUCAGCUUCUUCCAGCUGUUGGCGUACUCGUCGUCCUGCUGCAAUCCCAUCACUUACUGCUUCAUGAGCGGCGGUUUCCGGAAGGCAUUCCUCAACCUGUUCCGUUGCUUUCGGCCGUGUUCUGGUGGAGGGGGUAGCGGUACUGACGGUAGCGGCGGAAUCGGGCGGAACCGACGAAAUAGUAGCGCCAUGUGCGGCAUGUACAUGGCCAGCGGUUGUGACAGCGCGGGUGGUAUCGGCACCUUGUUGGGGAAGCAUAGAAGCAGCACUAGUCAGCGAAAGCAGCAACAAACGAAGCGCACCAUGGACACCAUCCUCAGUACGGACGGAGUGGUCAGCUUGAAACACCGCGACCCAGCGGGGGUCACAACAACGACAAGCGCACGCUCGGAAUCGGGUUCACAUCAUCACCACCAUCGGUUUUGUCACCAUGGUCAGAGCCAGGAGUAGUGCUGUUCCGUUGAUGUAGGGACGACGGCACAUUGGAGAGUGGAUAAGCGAGUGAAUUUGCUGUAAAUGAUGGGAAAGGGACAGAUCAAAUAAUCCAGAAGGUUAAUCGAAUUGGUCUUUAUUGAUUUGGUGCUCAACAUGCGAAAAAAUCGUAUAUCAGCGUAAUUUGUGCCGCGGUAGUGGAUUGCACGAUUUCCUCGCUGAAUCAAUUGAUGCCUAACAGUAUUAAGUUUCCAGCUCAGCUAUUUAUCCCACAGAAACUUCCGUUCGUAAUAAAGUGAAGCAAAUAAUUUAGGUCAGGUCACAACUAUUUUGAGCAUCUGGCUUUCGAGUUGGUUAGUCAAAUAUUGAAUUCAUAGCAGCACCAGAGUCGUGAUAGGAUCCACUCAAGAUCAUCUUAUCGGGGGUUGGUGCU